AUGUCCAACAUCUUUGCUUCUGCCAUCGACACUGCCGAACCAAUCUCCCUCUUUGAACGCAGAGACGGUGAAACUGGAGUUCCAAACGGCGUAAGCAACUCUUCGCCACUUCAAACAAACUCGUUCUACUCGAACAUGCUUGUGGAGGGCCAGGACUGUGCCGUUUGGACUCACCCUUACAGUGUCUGGAACAACAAGAGGGAUAACCGUUUUGGCCUUGGGUUGUACCUUGCACGAGAGUCAGACAGAGUGUUUGGCGACGGCGACCCUGCUGAGUACUUUACCCAUCCUGUGGGGAUUCAGCAGCUUGUGUUGUCGUCGUCUGACUUUAAAGAGGAACCUUCGUUCUCGUUGCAUGGCUUGUCCAAAUUUGCAGCCACGGCUCGGUUCUCGUCCAAGUCAGAGAAGGACUGCUACCUUGACUGUCCUAUGGUCCAGGGUAUGGGCUUUGUUACUGGCGUGUACCAUAACUGUAUUCCCAAGAUCAGUUCCCUGGUCGGUUUCAAGUCUGUUGUUGGCGAUAAGAGUCCUCGUCUGGGCACCAACAAGUAUAAGAUUGAGUUGGAGGAUGGCACUCAAUGGCACUUGUUCGUUACUCUUUCUGGAAACGCUUCGUUGAAGUUGGCGUUGAAGGGAAAGAACGACAUCAUUGCCGAUAAGUCGGUUGACGAUGGUUUCUUCCAGCUCUGCUUUGCUUCUGGUGUUGAUACCAAGCACUACGAUGCUGCUGCUGGCUGUUACGCUACGGACGCCUCGAUCCUGGCCUCUAUGGAUGGUAACAAGUGUUCCUACUCGUUGCUGCUCAAGACCAAGGGUAAGCUGAAUAGCAACACUACGCUCUUCUUUGCGUUGCCUCACCAUGUGGAAGCGUUUGACUCUGCCACCAAGGACAAGGCUACAUCGGUGAAGUUACCUACUACUACCAAGGGCGUUGCUGUGGGUGUUCUCCUGAAUAAGAUCACCAUGGUGGAAGAAUUGAAGACCAAGGACGUUGCUUGGGAUCCAGCCACUACCAUCAAUGGCAAGAAGGCGAACUACUCUGACAAUGCUCUCAAACUCAUCAAGGAAGCUGCCCAGAAGGAAGCCAACAGAGACGUCAAGGGCGAGCUGGAUAUGGAUUCCAUGUACUUCAGCGGUAAGAUGUUGGCGAAGUACGCCAUUGUGCUUUCCGUCUGCCACACCAUAUUGAAGGACGACGGGCUCACCAAGACCUUGUUGCAGAAGAUGAAGGAUGCCAUUGACCGUUUCAAGUCUAACAAGCAGCAGUACCCUCUCUUCUACGAUAAGUCUUUCAAGGGUAUUGUGUCGCUGGCGAAGGAAGGAAGCGACUUUGGCAAUGGCCACUACAACGACCACCAUUUCCAUUGGGGAUACCACAUCCAGGCGGCUGCUAUCACUGCUUUCGUCGACAAGGAGCGUGGUGGUAAAUGGUUGGACGAGGUCAAGCCAUGGAUCAACUCUCUUGUGAGAGACAUUGCCAACCCUUCGACUGACGACAAGCACUUCCCAGUGUUCCGUGCUUUUGAUUUCUACAAUGGCCAUAGCUGGGCCAAGGGUCUUUAUGCUUCUGCCGACGGUAAGGACGAGGAGAGCUCUUCAGAAGAUUACAACCACGCUUAUGCUCUUAAGCUCUGGGCCAAGGUGAUCAACGAUGGUAACAUGGAAAAGAGAUCAGACUUGAUGUUGGCUAUCAUGAGCAGAAGCAUGAAUAAGUACUUCUUGCUUGCCGACGACAACAAGGUCCAGCCUUCCAAAUUCAUCAAGAACAAGGUCACUGGUAUUUUGUUCGAGAAUAAGGCUCACCAUACCACCUACUUUGGUGCCAAUGAAGAGUAUAUCCAGGGUAUCCACAUGAUUCCAAUCAGUCCAGUGUCCUCGUUCAUUAGAAGACCUGAUUUUGUCAAGCAGGAAUGGGACCAGAGACUCAAGGGCCUUGUUGGUAACUUGAACGACGGCUGGAGAGGUAUCCUUAUGUUGAACGUCGCUCUCUUUGACCCAGAUACCGCCUGGAAGUUCUUCAGCGACUCAGGGUUCAACGAAAACCACUUGGACGGCGGCCAAUCGAAAACUUGGUCUUUGGCAUACUGUGCUGGUGUUGGCGCAUCAUCAUAA